AUGUCGGUGAUGUCAGGUCUUCUGACCCAAAAGGUAGCAAGCGAGGCAGGAGAUCAGUGCUGUCUCUUCUCUGGUCGCCCAGCUUCUGUAGCAGCAUAUCAGACUGCUGCUUGGCGAGCUUCUGAAGUUGCUCCACAGGUCAGGUCGCAAAGGCUACCGGACACCUAUACGCAGGGAACACCACGCCGGUCCGUGUGGGGAGUCCUCGAUGGCGAGCUUGAUACGGACUUUCCAGGCAUCUGGAGCAAGACGGUUGUGCACUCGCACGAGCACGGCACGGUCCUCAUAAUCCCCCGCGAGCGAAACAUGACACGGUUCUACAUUGAGAUGAAGGAGUCCGACACCUCGUGCGGGCUCCUCCUGGACCAGAUUAUGCAGCAGGCCCGCCUCAUUCUCGCGCCCUACCGCCUCGAGUGGACAUCUGUCGCGCAACGCGUGACCGCCCGCUUCUCGGACCCGGCAGAGCGCGCAUUCAUCGGAGGCGACGCUAGCCACACCCACUGCCCAAAGGCCGCCCAGGGCAUGAACACGAGCGUCCACGACUCGUGGAACCUGGCGUGGAAGCUUAACCUCGCCGUCCGCGGGCUGGCGCGUCCAGGCGUCCUGCUGUCCACGUACGAGCUGGAGCGCAAGAAGAUUGCGUUCGACCUCAUCGACUUUGACUACGAGCACGCCACCAGCAUCGCCGCCGGGGACGCCGAGACACUCGCGGCCAGCUUCCGCACCAAUGUCCGCUUCAUUGCAGGCGUAGGAGUCGAGUAUGGCGCCAAUAGCAUCAAUCAGACCGGCGUCGCAACGGAGCAAGGCACGGGCACUUUGUUGGCUUUGGCCAAGCCCGGUUGCACACUGCCUCCGGCAAAGGCCACCCGUUACAUAGACGCCAACCCGGUAGACUUGCAGCUCGAAAUCCCCGUGCUCGGUCAAUUCCGCAUCUACCUGCUGGUGCCAGACCUGACUGGCAGUACGGAGGCUGGUUUCCUCAGAGACCUUGACCAAAGUGUCAGGGACCCUGCCUCCUUCUGGUCCAGAGUUUCAACGACUGCCGCCACGUCUUAUGCUAGCAAACCGAGACCAAGUCGCCCAAAGGACCAACACAUCUUACCUGAGCGAUACACAGCCGUAAGCGAGCUAUUCACAUUUGCACUUAUAACAUCAACCGACAAGAAUGACUUCGAGCUUGCAAGCCUGCCGAGCACUUUCGCCCACAGCAAGUGGACUGUAUACCUCGACGAUGCGUGCAGUCUCGAUACUCGAGGACUCAGCUGCUCCGAAAAAUGGUUCGGAAGCGCCAGGGAGAGCAAGGAUAUUGUGGUUCUCAAAUGGUCGGUCAAGAGAUGGCAGCCAUCUUCUCAGGUCGGCGCGGGCAUCGCGGCAGUGCAGUGUUUGGACCAGUACUACGAGAGUUUCCUGCAAGCAGGGCCAUAG